AUGGGCGGCUCUUCUUCAAAAGAAACCGAAAGUAUUCGAGCAGAGCACAAGGAAAAACAGGAAAAAGAGAGAGUGGAACGGGAAGCUGUAGAGGAAAAGCAGAAAAAAGAAAUUGAGAAGAAGCGUCAAGAAGAGAUUGCAAAGGAAAAUGCUAAGCAGGAUGAAGAAUUGAAAAUCCAGGAAAAUAAAUUCCUGGAAAAAGUCUCACAACAAGCAAAGUCUUAUGAGGAAAUGAAGGCGGAGUGUGAAUUGAAAGUUAAAGAACUAGAGCUCGAGAUGAAGGAAACUAUGGAAAAGUUGAUUGAAGUGCAGAAGAACGAUGGGUUGGAGCAAGUCAGCGAAGAGAAGCAGAAGUUGAGGGAGGAGAAGGAGAAAUUGAUAAUGAAGAAGGAAUACAUGAUGAAUGAGCAAGCGCGUCUCACUGAAAUCCGCGAAAAGAUGAUGGUUGAACGGUCUGAAAUGGUCAAGGAGAAGGAACGUGAGGAAAUGGAGAAUAUGAAUAAGCAUCAUGAGAAUAUUCAAAAAUUGAGUGAUGAAAAGAUUGAAGUGGUGAAGGGAGGAGAGAAAGAGAUGACAAAGUUGACCAAGGAGCACAGGGAUUUCCAGGAUGCGAUAAAGAAACAGCAUGGAGAUUUGAAGGCGGUUCAGAUGCGCGACACAUUCCAGUUGCUAUCAAUUCAUAAUGGCGAGCAACAGUAUGAAGACUUCCGGCGCAACUGUAAACAACACAUCAACCGGUAUUCCACAUUCAAAAGAUAUUUUGAUGAGGAGGAGAGCUCGCUGAUCACCACUCGAGACGAUAUUGAGGAUGGUUUUAAAUUGAGUGACAUCCCACAACUUUCCGAUGCUCUCCGCGCCCUCCGUGCCUUGGAAGCUGCAAACGAAAACUUCAGCUUCGAAGGAACUGACGAUGAGGAAAAGUACAAGGCGCUCCGGUUGGAUGUGAAGAAUCUUGCAGAAGAUCUUCGCACUGUUCUCGACCUCAUCGUCUCCAGAAUCCGACGAUACAAAAACUCGAAGCCGUCCACCUCGACUCCUCCCCAGUCAUCACACCAGCGUAGAGGAUCGAAUUCUACAAUGAAUUCCGAUAUCGAGAUGAUUUAUGAUAAGGGUGUUGUAACUCCACCGCCAUCUGUGAAAAAUCUGAAAAAUCUGGAUGUGGAAACCGAGCAGGCUUCAGCUUCAACAGGAGACAACGGGAACUAUAGUAUUGUUGAAGAAUUCAAGAAAGCGAAGGAGUUGAUCAAAAAGUUGAAUGACGUGAUGCUAAAAUUCAACGCCCCGGCCUCCAACAAAUUCGAGGAAACCCUCGCUUUGCAAUUCCAGUCCUUGUCAGUUCGCCACUCUGAAAUCGUUGGUCAAAUCACAAAUGGAUUGCUGCCAAGCACUUCGGGAACCGCGCAGGGGAUCACGGAAGGUUCCUCGACUACGAAACCAGCCAUCCAGCAAGUUGAGGAGUCAGAGGAGGAGGAGUCAGAGGAGGAAGAGACGGAUGUGGAGACGGAAUGA